AUGGUGAGAGUUUACGGGAAAGGGCAAUGGCAAGUUGCUGGGGGAGGCAGAGACAGGAAAUUACAGUGGGACAUAGCCAGAGAAGGUGGAAGGAGAAUGAACGAAAAAGAUAUCAUCUCUUCUUUUUUCAUUACGGAGUUCGGAGUUAGAUGGAGAGCUAGAGACUUAUUAAUGGAGUUCAAGGAGUUGGGAGAUAUAGAGGAGGUGUUCAUUCCUCCUAAGAAGGAUAAGUUCGGAAGACGCUAUGGUUUCGUUCGGUUCUUAAACGUCAAGGAUGAAGUGUUAUUGGCUACUAAGCUAGAUAAUGUUGUUCUGGAAGGAAGGAAGAUUUUUGCUAAUCUCCCCAGGUUCAGCAGAGGUAAGGAAGAAAGUGUCGAUACAGCUAAGAAGAACCAUCCGGGAGUGAAAAAAGUAUUCAAAAACAAUAGCAGCAUCGGGUUCGGAGGAACGGUAAAAGGUAGAACCUAUGCUGAUGCAACUCUAAGGAGAAGCGGAGUUCUUAGAGAAGAAACUCAGGUCCCAAGGUCUUUAAGCUAUCAACCUAAUAACGAGGAGCUAACACAGUAUAGCAAAGCCUUUACAGGGAGGAUUAGAGAACCGGAGAAAAUGAAUGACAUAAAAAAGAUUUUUCAUGAGGAAGGUAUUUUCAAUAUAAGGGUUACAAGUUUGGGCCCAAACUUUUGCUUGAUGGAGGAUCUGGUAGGAGGAGAUGUCGAAACUUUCAUUGAGGAGAGGAAGUCAUGGUGGAGUCAGUGGUUGUGGUCGAUAACUCCGUGGAAACCAUCGGACAUUGACACAGGGAGGUUUGCUUGGUUAAAAGUAGUGGGAGUUCCGUGUCAUGCGUGGGGUGAGAAAUGUUUCGCUCUUUUGGUGGGGAAUAGAGGAAAGCUGGUGAAAACUGAAGAAGCUACUAUGUUGAAACAUUCAAUGGCUGAAGCAGUUAUUUGUAUCUUAACGGAAUCUAAAGAGAGGAUAGAGGAGAAGGUUAUUUUAAUCUUAGAAGGGCAGAGUUUUGUUAUCAAUUUGUUUGAAAUAGCUGAGAUCCAGGAGAUAUCCUUCAGAAAAAGAGAAGGUGUCGGUGAUUCUGAUUCGGAAUCCUCAUCGGCGCCGGAGUUGUUUCUCUCUGACGAAGAAGAAAGGGACAGAAGGAAAAUUACUGAGGAAGCUGAUGUGACGCAGAGGGUUGAGGGGACGGGUGAAGAAAGCAUAGCCAACGAGGUUAAGUCUGUAGGGCGGAGCGAGCAGCUUUCACGGGAGAAAGGGUGGUGUCAGGAAAUUCAUGAAAAGGUGAGGCUUGACUUAUCUGAUUUAGGUAAGGAGGAGUCUUUUGAUGCAAAAAGUAGAAAGGUGUUAGAAAGUAUAGGAUAA